AAGCAAGAAGAAUGAAUAUGCUGAUGGAUCACGGACAUCACCUAGCUCUGUCGUCAUGGAAAUUGAGUGACUGGAGGUGAUUCACACAGCACCAGCGACCUUUUAGCUGGAUGUAUACUUAAGAAUCAGAUCCUGAUUGGAGUUUGCUAAUUCACAUUGAAAAGGUCUAGAAGUUCAGAUGCGGAUCAUUAACAUGCAAAGAAAGACUGAAGGCAGACACAAAGCGCAGCUUACUGGAAAUGGAGGACGAAAGAUUGAAAGAGAAGAGACCAUUGGGGGAACUGCUGGAAGUAAAAGUGGAUGUUCACUCUGAAGCUCUGGACUUCAUCCACAGUGACACGAGGCCUGUGAUUUAUGACAGGGAUCCCAAAAAAGUCAACAGCAGUCUUAAGGUCAUGUUUGAGGAUGUGAUUGCAGAACCCCCCUCUGUGCGGAGCUUUGAUAAAGUGUGGCUAUGGAGUCACGCCCUGUUUGAGGUAUCCAGACUAUGGUGCUACCGAUUCAUCUCUCUCCUGCUGGCUGUGCCAGUCUCACUGGCAGCAGGGCUCCUCUUUGCUGUGCUCAGCUGCCUGCAUAUCUGGUUGAUCGUGCCAUGUGUGCAGCUCCUUCUCAUCAAUAUGCACUGGGUUCAGACUGUGUGGGCCAGCAUACUGAACAUUUUUAUCAGUCCAUUCUUUACCAGUAUUGGAAAGUGCUGUGGUCAAGUCACCAUCCUUCUGGCAAAAGAUAAAAACUGAUGGAAACACACUGUGUGGAAGUGAUUGGUUAAAACAGCAAUUAUGGCACAUGAACAGCGGCAACAGACUGCAUACUAAUUCUGCUGGGAGGGAAAUGAUCAUCUGUAUUUUAACCAUCUGUGAUUAUUCUAUGUUUUUAUUCACUUAUCAUGCAAUUUGUCAUGCUGAAAUAUAUAAUUAGUUUUCUGUUUUCUAAAUUUAAUAGUGCAUUAUGCAUAAAGCCUUUUGGCUGUCUAGAUAAGGGCAACACAAAAAGCAUACACUGAGGGGAAUUAAUAAAUAAUAAUUCAAUAAUAAAUUAUAUUAAAAACCUCCUUAAUACACAUGUAAAAGAAGAAUCCACUGAAAGCAAAGUGAAUGACAGAUAUUGCAAUUAAUUUGCA